UUGCCCAGGGUCCAGGGACUUGGAGAAAAGCUACCCCGCGAUCAAGGCUUAAGAGGUACCUUACGGGGAAUAUUGACUGCAUCUCUUUGGCACCGCGAAAUGAUGGUCUCGUCGCAAAGCGGGGCACUUCCGUCUGGCCUCCAUCCAUGGCUUAUCGUCGCUGCCUAAUUCAUUCACUUGGGCCGUCGUCAACAUCAUCUGUUUCUACGACGUAUUCGCGUCUUCGCCUUGCCGUCACCGCUCAUAUCACAACUGCAGGGCUUCCAAAUUAGCCCACCUCUCAGGUUGUCCGUUUAUCCCGCAAGAUGUCGUCCUCUCCUUUUCCCAACGUGUAUACCCACCGAAAGGUGGCCGACACAGCUUCCAAAGGGUGCAACAUUUGCUACAAGCCCACCACCAGCGUGCUCAUCACUCCAGAGAAGCAGGACUUCUUUUACGUGUGCGCCAUUCACCUCAAGGACAAGAACUUUGCGACACCGAUCAUUGAUCAUGCUGCCAUCGAGGCGCGGCUAAAGGCAGAGGCGGAGGCCAAGAAAAAAAAGGAGCUGGAUGAGGAGGUGGAGCGGGUCAAGAAAGAAUACGCCGAGAAGCAAAAGGCAAAAGCUGAAAAGGACGACAAGGGGAAAGACAAGGACCAAAAGGAGCAAGAUAAGGACAAGGCACAGCCUGAUAGCAAGAAGGAGGAAACGCCAAAGCCUGAAGACAAGGCAAAAGAAGCUUCACCAACCGCUGCUACAGCUGUGUCGUCUGCCGAUGAAGAACCGCGCGUGUUUGCGCUUGCAAGAAGCUUUUACAACCAGCGCAUUGAUAAGAAACGCCAGAUUGAGAUGGCCAAGCGAAACCGUGAACGAAUUCAGAAUCCAUCAUUCUUUCCUUCGGUUCCCAAGGGCUUGCCAUGAUAGCUAUCUGGAUUUGCGACCAUAGGAUUGCCGGACAAUCACAGCACAGAGCGGCAUCUUGACGUCCGGGUACUAAGUCAUUAGCACAAGGGUGGAGCCUCGACACCCGAAUCAGUAUUGCGCUCGCCGUACACCGUUGUCAUGCCCAGGACGACUGGGCGUUGUGGUGCUUGGCCGAAGAAAACAAUUCGUGUUCAGUCAAAUGCCUGGCCCCGAGAGAUGGUUUUCUCCGAACUUACCGAAUGUUUCCGGAGCUCUGCAUGUAGCAAUAAUUACAUUUGUGGAACAGCAUGAGGCUCUCGGGACAGGGCUUUUCGCCGCUGUCAGGCAUGAAUUGGGAUGAAUCAACAUGGAUCCGGACGCGUCUGCCUUUGGACUACGGCACAUGUGUGCAUAUGGAUGAAAUUGCCGGGUUACCGAUUAGACGGUUGAUGUGACAACCACGUGGGUCUCACUACAGCGGCUCUCCCCGCUCAAGUACGACGCAGUCGAUAUUGACGGAGGCGGCAUGAAGGGCCUAUGGAGCACGAGGACGUGCAUACUGAUAUCGACUUUCGAUUGAGGACUGCUUACUUGACGAGGGCGAAGCAUCACAUUCGGGAGAAACGGUUUUGAAUGUGAGGACCAACAGGGAGGGUUACGCUAGUAAUGAGUAGCAAUACUCCACCUCGUGGAACAAACUGUUGUCAAAGAACAAUGCAUGGUGAGGGAC